GGUCAAAGUUGAACAUGAGAAAAGCUUCCAGAGAAACUGAUCCUCAGAAACCUUCGCUUUACCUUUCCAGAUUGAACAAUUUUUGUUCUGAAUCAGGGAGAAGUAAACUAAAUUCUGCAAAAUUAACCUUUGACCAGAUGUGUUUUUUCUGCAGUGAUGAAAAUGUUUAUAUUAUAAAUACUUCACUUUAUCAUAUAAUAUAUUUUUUAUAGUAGUUAUAGCUCCUCAGGAAACUGAAAAGAUUAAACAUUACUGUCAUACAGUAAGUCUUCAGUCAGAGGCCUCUACAGAUUUCUUGCAUGACUGCUACUGGAGAUGAACAAGGAUUCUCUGAAGAUACUCAGGUGAUCAGUUACAGCAACAUCUAGUUUCGCUUUAGGAUAAAUUUAGUAUUGUUGAAUUGAAUAAAUAAUUACGUGCAUUUUUUAUUCUUUAAGAUGAUAAAGAUAAUGAUGUAGAACCCAAAGUGAGAUUCAAUUACGUAAUAGCAAACACUAUUUUCUACUUUAAUACAGAAUUAUAACUUUUACUUUUAAAAUCUCAUAGAAUUUUUUUAAUCAUUGUUCAAGCCGAGAAUAAUUUUAUUUUGACAGACCGGAAGUUGGGUUGUAGCGGUUAGCUGAGCUCCUGCUAAAAGCUAAGCGUUUAUUUAUCAUCGGUUUUGCUUCAGAAUAAAACCAGAAACACACGAACGACUGGUACCGACUGAAGCUCGAGUUUAAAUGUACAUAUGGUCACAAACUGUGACUAAAGGCCUGAUUAUUGUUUUCGUCGUGGUCUGUUAGCAUGCUAGCCCCUAGCAUCAGCGCUCAGAGGCUCAAUAGACGGCUUCAGGCGGAGCUGAAAGCGGUUCCGGUCGACGGUGAAACCCGAAUAUUUACGGACACUUAAGCGCCCCCUGCAGGACAGGCAGGUAGUGAUGGCAAACCAGGCAGAUUUUAACAGAGGAAAAUAUAAACAGUUUCAGAAGAGAAGCGCCAGAGACGGAAGGUAACCCAGGUGUGGUCAGGUGAGCUUUGGGCCCCGCCCCCUUUCCAGCGCCGCAGGUGCGCCUCAUUAUAAGGCUGAGAAUCAGAAUGAUGGCGUGUCUGUCUGAAGAGAAGAGCAGAAAUGUCAACCAGCGGAGUGAAACCAGCAGCCCAGAGUCCGCUGCUGUCCUCCAGCUUCUCUUCCAGCCCCUGGUCGUGUGUUUGUGCCAAUUCUUGGUCCGCGGCCAUGUGGAGCGGCGUUCCCGACCUGAUGCCCGCUGCCCCGGGAAGCUCCUCUCCUGAACCGUGGCUCCUCCCCGGCUGCAGCUCCGUCUUCGACACCCUGGUCAGCAACACGUCUCCGAUCCCGUCUCCUUCGUCUGCAAGCGGAUUUCGAGGACGAGAGCGAACCGGAAGCAAGCCUCGCCGGCCGUCCAUCCUGGAGCGCUGCAUCCUCAAGGUGUCCACCAGCAGUGUGGCGGUGGGGACGGACGACGUGGACGGGAAAAGGCCUUCGUUCCCCCGCUGCUACCCCCGAUUGCCAGACCCGGCCAACACCGAGACGAAUGCGGCGGUCCUGAAGCGCCGCCAGAAGCAGAUCCAGUAUGGGAAGAACACCAGUGGCUACCAGAACUACCUGCAGCAGGUCCCCAAACACCUGCGGGACCCGAAGCUCCACCCAGCCACGCCCAACAAGUACCGGAAGUACAGCCGACGUUCGUGGGACAUGCAGGUGCGUCUGUGGAGGCGCGCGCUGCACCUGUGGGACCCUCCGGCCAACGAUGCGCCGGACACGCCCGACCCAGUGGAGCAGCUGCAGAGCCAGCUGGCCAAGAUGACGUCGGACCUGUGCGAGGACGGAGGAGACAAGCAGAGAGAGAAGGAGACUCCUGCAGCCUCUGAUGCCUCCUCGGUGUCUCCUCUGUCUGUGGACGUUUCUGGAGCCUGGACCGUCCCGCUGUCCCCACCGGAGACAAGCCACCGGCCUUUUCGCUCUCCUCCUGGUCUCAGCUACUCCAGCAGGAGUCAACUAACCCCUGAUGACGGCAUGAAUGACUGGCUCCGCCUCCUGAUGGAGACCGACCACACCCCAGAUUUCGGCUCUGAUGACCAGCAGGUUCCUGUGUUUUCCGACCAGCUCUUCUGGAAUCCGUACUGAUGACCCGAUCCAAGCCCCGUUGGACCUGAUGUUGCCUGAACUGGACCUGACCUGUUUUCUGCUGAUUCUGAACUCUAACAAAUAUUUUGGGGCUUUGGAGCCAGAAACUCACUCUUUUAAAGAUCACCACAAACCUACGUCAUCGCCGGUGGCUCGCGACCCGUCCCUGGUCCGGUCCCCGCCCCCGGCGGUUGGACGCCUUACUGUUAGCACUAGUUUUAUUUGAACUGCGUCAGAAUGAGCACAGUCACCUGCAUCACGCCGGAAUCCUGCACUGAGGGAACGUCACGAGUUUGUCCCGUUCGUCACUCGGUUCUUCACCUUCAUCCUCCGCUCCUCCUCCUCAUGUUUCUUUUAAAAAAUGAAGCUCCUGAUCAGUGGAGUCAAAGUGCUGCCACUUUUGUGUUCUGAGAUUUCUUUUACUUCCAGGUGCUGCUUUAUGAGUAAAGUGAAAUGUGAUUAAUAAAGAUGUAAAUAAAGAG